AUUGGAACAACAUUUAGGGACGGAGGGAGUAGAACGUACGCAUUCUCUUACGAGAUUAGUAUUCAAUUUUUUAGGCGAUCCUUCCUCUUUUGAGCUCUGGCUUUUCCAAGGGUUAAUGGCAGGGCUCUGUCGACACCUUGGCCGAGUUUCCCUAACCUCCUCCUAAAAGACGGGCGAUCACAACGGCGGCGUGGGAUGGGAGUAUGGGACAAUGGCAGAUGAGCAGUUCAAGGGUGUGAGGAUGCAUGUGUAUUGGCUGCACUGCCUGUGAGUGGUUAGAGGACGUUUUGUCUAGGACGGCUGUCCGGCGCGGCAGAGCAGAUCAUGGAUGAAGCUGAUGGGAGGUAGCAAGAAAGAGUUGGAACAAUUUACAUUCAUAGGCUCUAGCUAGUUAAAAGUGAUGCACGAUUUCUCCCAAACAAUGCAAAGAAAUCAGCAAACCACAGCAGCAGAAAUGGCAAGAGAGAAACAAGAAAUCGGCAAAUCAUAGAGAAGCAUCAACUACAUAUUUUACCAGCAGAGAUAGAAGCACAUCAUUGGAGCUCCCUCCCUGCCGCAAUAUCUUAACACGAUUACACAUUGGUUCAAAAUGUUGAGGGGGGCUUGAUGUUUUUAGUGAAAUCGUGAUACUUCAAGUGCUACUUCAAGUUCAAAGUCUUGUUUUAUUUUUAUAUCUUACAAUGGCACCUUACUUUGGUGCCUUCAUCAGAAUGAGGCCGAGGUUGCAAUGGAGGCGGUGCACAGUGGCACUUGCUCAGCUCACCAGGGACCCUUCUCCAUGUCCCGAAGGCUCAUAGUACAGGGCUACUUCUGUCUUACAAUGGCACGGGAUUGUGCAAACCUUGCCCGAAAGUGCACCGCAUGUCAACACUAUCAGAAGGCCCCCGGCAGGCCGGCAAUUAACUACGCCCCCAUCAGCACGACCAUACCCUUCUCCAGAUGGGGCAUUGACCUAGUGGGCCCUCUGCCGAGGGGUACGUCCAACAACAGGUACGUCAUUGUGGUCAUCGACUACUUCACCAAAUGGGUAGAAGUCGAGCCCCUCGCCAGCAUCACCGAGGCCAGAUGCCGCCACUUUGUUCUUAGAAACAUCCUCACCAGGUUUGGCGUCCCCCAACAAAUCAUUUCCAACAACGGAACUCAGUUUGAGGCAGCCCCCUUUUGUGCCCUCCUAGAGGAAUGGGGCAUCAAACACACAUUCUCUUCAGUUGCCUACCCUCAGGGCAACGGCCAAGUGGAGAACGCCAAUCGGACUUUGCUUGAGGGUCUGAAAAAGAAACUUGAAGCUGAAGGGGGAGGCUGGGUAGAAGAACUGCACAACAUCCUAUAGGCCUACCGCACCACCCCUAGGCGAGCAACAGGCGAGACCCCCUUCUCCCUAUGCUAUGGGUUCGAAGCCAAGGCCCCCACUGAAGUAACCCUACCUACCCGAAGGGUCGAUCAAUAUGAGCCUGAGACCAAUGACGCCAACAUGGCCCUCGACCUUCAUCUCAUCUCAGAGCGCCGAGAGCAAGCCUUCCCAAGGGCGGAGAACUACAGACGGCAAGCCAAGGGAUACAUCGACGCCAAGGUCCGCUCUCGAGAAUUUCAAGUGGGAGACUAUGUCCUGCGAAGGAGGGAGGCCAGCCAACCCACCGAAGGAGGAAAAAUGGCAUCAAAGUUUGAAGGGCCAUACAUCAUCGCAGCCAUCAUCAAAUCAGGAACAUACAAACCGAGACGCCCCAAUGGGACCGAAGUCCCUAGGCAUUGGAACAUACAUCACUUAGUCAAAUUCUAUCAGUGAUAUAUGAGCGGCCAAGCCCUUAUCACUUAUGUAUUUCAUCAACGGCCCAAGGCCCCUUCACAAGAAUAAAUACGUGAUUCAGACACAAAGUACCAAGUACGAAAUGCAUAUGAGCGGCCAAGCCCUCAUCAUUCACCAAUAUAGGUGAUCAACGGCCCAAGACCCCUUUCUCUCAUGAGGAUGAAUAAAAUAUAAC